AUGCCUAUUCCUCUGCUGGCAGAGGGCUUCGGCAGAGGUCUCUCAAAUAUCCCCUACAUCUGGACCGUCGCUGAGGGCGCAGCCAUAGUAGGUAUCAUCGCUUUGUUGAAACUGUACUUUGGCGGAGCAAGAUGUCGAUCAGAACGACUUAUGCAUGGGAAAGUCGUCAUGGUCACGGGAGGAACAUCAGGCAUCGGCGCCGCCAUUGUGCAGGAACUGGCGACAAGAGGCGCCCAGAUUAUCCUCCUGACCCAUCAUGCCCCCUCGGAUCCUUUCCUCGUGGACUAUAUUGAAGAUGUGCGAACGAUUACAAACAAUGAAUUGAUCUACGCCGAACAAGUUGACCUCUCUUCAUUACACUCAAUACGACUCUUUGCCACGAAAUGGGUGGAUAACGCACCUCCAAGAAGAUUGGACAUGAUCAUUCUCUGUGCCAAUGUAAUGACUCCUUACUUUGGCAAGCCUCAGGAAACAAUGGAUGGGCUGGAAGCCGAGUGGAUGAUCAACUACCUCAGCACAUUCCAUUUGCUCAGUAUUCUCUCACCAGCUAUUCGCGCACAACCUCCGGACCGAGACGUGAGAAUCCUGUUCAGCACAUGCAGCAGCUACAUUGGAGGAAAAUUGGACUUUGAAGCCACUGAUAAAGCUUCCAAAGCAGGAAGUGCCUCGUACGGACGAAGCAAAUUAGCAGUCAUGACCUUUGCAUAUGCAUUCCAGAAGCACCUUGACGCCUAUAAAAGACCGGACAAGGAACUCAACAAUGCUCGAGCGCUGAUAAUCGACCCUGGCUAUUGCCGCACUCCGGGCACGCGCCGUUGGCUCUCGGGUGGUCUAAUAUGGGGUCUCCUCCUUUACUUGAUCACGUGGCCAUUAUGGUGGCUCAUUCUCAAGUCCCCGAUACAGGGUGCUCAGAGCUACCUGCUAGCCACCAUGGAUGCAGAAUAUGGUCGAGGCGCGGGCGGGAAGAUGAUCAAAGAAUGUAGACAGUACGAGCCUUUGAGACCGGAAGUCAAAAACGAAGAAGUCGCAAAAAAGCUGUGGGAAUUCAGUGAGAAGCAGAUCGAGCACCUGGAAAAGAUGGCUGCGAAGAAGAGGGCUGCAGCAAAGAAGGAGACAGAACAAAACAAGAGCACCGAGAAAGUCGCUUCAGCAAACGGUGCGUCUUCGUCCUCUGGAGGAAAGGCCCAGCCGGUACCGGGUUCCAGGAGAAGUCGAAAAGCAGCGAAAUGA